AUGAGAAUUAUUUAUAAUUUAGUAAUUUGUAUUUUUAUUUCAAGCCUUUUAAUGGUUAAUCAAGUUUCAGCAUAUGGUGAAUCAGAAGAAGGAUAUCCAAGUCAUUUCGAAAGAGAAUCACAUAAUUUAGUGAAUUUGGUAAGAAUGUUUCCAGCACAAUAUAAGGCCAACUAUAUGAAUGAUUAUAAGAGUAUGGGAUUAGAGAAUAUUUUAAAUGUUCCAGCAGUUCCACCAGUAUGGUAUAAUAGUACACUCAAUGAUUUGGCUAGAUUCCAUUCAAAUGAUAUGGCAACAUAUCCAUGUUUCAGUCAUAAUUCAUGUGAUGGAACUGAUAUUUGGAAACGUUUCAAUUCAUUUAUUACAUGUUCAAAUGCUGGUUCAAGAUCAGAGAAUAUCGCAGCUGGUUAUUCUUCGGGAAUACAAACUAAUAAUCAAUUACUUUGUGAUAAAGUCGGCAGUAUUUGUGCCACUGAUGCAAGUGAUAAUGAUGGACAUAGAGUGAAUAUCAUGUCAAAAUCAACUAGUAAUCUUGGUGUUGGUCAUGUUUAUGUAAAAGGUUCAACCUAUGGCUCAUAUUGGACUCAAGAUUUUACAAGUGGUUCAUGUUCAUUACCAGAUACUCCAAUCUAUUCAGCUUAUCAUACUUUCCCAAGUGGCACUAAACCACAAUUCAUUGCAAUUUACUAUAACCAAACUAUGCCUGCCGAUUCAAUCGAAUUAGUAUUUGUUGAUGGUGAUUCAAUUGAUAUGACUUUAACCUAUGGUUCAAGUACUGCUGGUGCUUACAUGACAACUACCGAUUUUAAUUAUUGUGCUCAAUAUUACUUUGAUAUUAAAACUGAAUCAGGUGAAACUUAUCGUUAUCCAGAUACUGGUUUCCUUCAACUCGUUAACAAUCUUAAUGCAUCUUGUCCAAGUUGGGUUGAUUCAGAUUCUUCAGCUUCUUCAAAUUCAAUCUCUUUAAUCUUUUUAAUUUUAUUAUCAUUAUUAGUUACUUUAUUAAUUUAA